AUGGCGGACGAAAGUGAUAACGUGUGCCGGGUUACUCCGUUCGAAAAUGUCGAUGAAGUUUUAAGUCUUUUAUGGGGAGAUGAUGUAAAGGAAGAUAUAUUUGAACGUUGGUCUCAAGGUAUUGUAAAUAGAGGUCGUGAAUUAGAAAGAUCAGUAAGUGACAGAAACUGAACGAAAGGGACAGCUGACUAGUUUCAGCUGUCUUAAAAACAUUGUAACUCACGAAUACAUGUGUUCUCUACCUUAGGUUUUGUGUUUUCUACGGAGGAACCUAGUGCUUUAGUUCAGGAACAAGGAGGACCGUGCGCCGUUCUUGCUUCCGUUCAGGUUAUUUUAAAAAAUAAAUGGGUUGCUGAAAAAGUGCGCCACCUGUUUUCCUUUUUGUAGCUGUCAAUAAGCUUGUUAUUAUUAUUAUUAUUAUAACUAUUACUAUUACUGUUAUUAUUAUUAUUAUUAUUAUAACUAUUAUUUUUAUUAUUAUUAUUAUUAUUUUAUUAUUACUGUCGUUGUUGUUGAUGUUUUUGAGUAGACUAGAUGCUUCAAAUAUACGCUGUGGCUAAAUAGCUGGUAACAGGUUUAGGUUUUCAAAACACUAAGUGACCGCCAGUCCUAUAUUCUCAGUAAAUAUCACAAAAUCGAAAGAUUCCAGCUAAUCAACAUUAUCAUGUGUUGAUUAAGAAAAGUCAAGUGAUCCUGAAAUGCUUUGUAGAUUUCAAGUCUAGCAUUUUCUUUACGCUGGGCUCAGAAGAUGAAACCAUGUUCUGUGACACUCAGAACUUUUUUCAGCUCAAUUGCCGGUCAAGGUUUUCAAAACACUUAAUGACCAGCAGUCCUAUACUAUCCAUAAAUUUCACAAAUCAAAAAAAUCCAGGUAAACCAAAGUAUCAUAUGUUGAUUAAAAAAGUCAAGCAAAAUUUACUGAGAAUAUAAGACUGCCGGCCAUUAAUUUUAGUGUUUUCAACACCUUGACCGGCAGUCAAGCUGAAAAAAUUUCCAAGAGUCACAAAACAUAGUUUGGUUUUCUGAGCCCAGCAUAAACCAAACGCUACACUUGAGAUCUAUGUAGCAUUUCUGGAUCGCUUGACUUUUCUUAUUCGACAUGUGAUAGUUUAGAUUAGCUGCAUUUUUCGAUUUGUGAAAUUUACUGAAAAGACAGGACUGCCGGUCAUUUAGUAUUUUGAAAACCUUGACCGGUUAAGAACACAUUUUUCCAAUAUGUUAAUAAGUGUUUCAGGUCAUUUAUGAAGUUGUUUAUCUUUUUUAGGCAUAUAUUUUAAAAAAUAUCCUUUUCGUAGAGGAUGCACCACCUCCUGAUAAUUGGAGGCAGCUAACAGGUAGGUUUUGCUUACUUUCCACGAGGAAAUACAGUUGAACGUCUAUUACCGGUAAGUGUUCUCCUUCAGGAAUUAGCCUGAGGUGACCACUUAGUAGCUGUUUUCUAAAAUUAAGCCCAUAAUGUGGCAGAAGUUGACAUAGUAGGCAAACUUUAUCACUUUCCUUACAAUUUAUUGAUCAUUCCCAACAACAGUAAUGCGGAAUAUGAUAAUGUGUUUGGAUGUUCUGAGGAGUUCACAUCUAAACAACAAAUUUUACGGUAAUGUCGUGCCUAAGGCACGCAGCUUUAGAAUUAAGCACAUCAUCAGCAAUUCCAAAACCUUACUCAGAGAGACAUGUAUUUAGUACCCAGAUUACAAUGUUAUGUUGUAUUUGAUGAGUUGUAAAAGAAACUGGACAUGCUUUGCCUUUCUUGUGACAAAAAUAUGUCUUUUAUUGAUUGUUAUGUAACAAGAUAAUGGUUUAACAGAGGUCAAUAAUUACAACAAAAUAAGCCAUUUGGGAAAUCCAAAUGGUGACCACAUCACCUUAAUUGAGGCAGACCGUUGAGUAGAGGUCAAAUUUACAGUAAAUAAGGGAAGAAAAUUUCAGGAAAUUGAUUGAUUGGUGACCGCUUAAUAGAGGUUUUACUGCACAGUUUAUAAUGUUGUGAUCAACUGUUCUGGUAGCAAAGUGAAUGUAUCUGUGGGGGAAGUGGGGGGGGAGGCUGUGUGUGUGUCUCCAAGUGUGAUAGCAGUCACAUGGGCAGGGCCUUAAUUGACUUUGAGGGAGUGUUAGAGCUAGAUGAAACAGUAAGCAGUUUAAGAUAUCAUGUGGAAACAUUCAAGUGAGAAUCAAGACAAAUUACCAUCAGUUUUGUCUCAAACAGCCAUCUGCACAGUCCUAGUAAUCACCCAGCUUCUUUUAAUGAUACCCUGUGGCAUGGUUUCAAAAUUAUCAGAUUUAACGAAGACAGUAGGGACCUUAAGAUCUGAUGACCGUGACAGGAAUGAGAACGUGAAAAAAGCAUUAGGUUUUAUAAUCAAAACAACAACUCUACACAUGCUUCACGGUUUUUGGUAAUUUCUUUUCCAUAAUUGCACGAAUAUGACAUAAACAUGCCUUUUUUAACAUUUUAUGGAGGAAGUAAACAAGCGACCACAAAAUAUACUUUCUCUUUCUGAACUUGGAUAUGGUUCUUAGGAUUCAACCCCAGCGUUGUUUGCCUAAUGUGACAAAGGAAGUGAGUUUGAAUAAUUGUGACAAAGAUUGAAAGAAUGUAAAUUCAUUUCUUAAGCGUGGUUUUCACUGGCAUGCUGCCCUCAGAUGUUUAGGUUUGUAAUGCUUCAACUGUGACAGCAGCAGGCAUGGAUCUUAACCUGGCAUGACUUAUGGUAGAGCAGCAAUUUCAGCACCAGAAGUUGUGUUACGUCCUUCCUGUACAAUGCCUAUUGUACACCAAGGACAAUGAAUAGUUAGUAGUACUCUCUGGGGUGGUAAAAUCUUAGGUGGAACACAAGUUAAAGUCAAAACCAUAAGAUGAUCCUUUUUAAAAAGUACAGUAUUUUUAUUUUGGAAUACAUUACUUACUUGUAACCUGUAGCUUCGUUCUUGCUAUUAAAUUCUACAGAUGAGCAAGCUAGACAGUUUCUUGUUUGCUCUCUUUGUGAGAUGCUUAGGAAUGUCAAAACUGAGAAAUUUACGCUGGUGUUCCUCAGGGAUCACUUAAUCUUUGCGCCAAGCAUGGCAACAGAAGGAUCACAGCCAGAAGGUGAUGAUACAAGUAGUCCUUCAUCCAACAGUCCAGGUAUAGUCUUAGAGAUUUUUUUUCGUUACUUUCACAGGGUUGUCAAAAUACGCCAGCAACUGAUGCUAUCACUGGCUACUUUAAGGUUUUUGCUACCUGUAAAUUAUGGGAAAGAAGCGAAAAAAAUGGACGAUUAAAAAAGUUAUAAAAUAGAAAAAGAAAUUGUUUUAAUCAUGAUCUAUAUGUUCCUUUUUAUGCAGCACCUAUAUACCUAAGAAACACAUAUCCCUAGCGAUAUGUGAUCCCCCACCUGGAAAACACAUAUCCCCAGUAAUAUGUGUCCCUCCCCCCCCACCUGGAAAACACGUAUCCCUAGUGAUAUGUAUUCCCCUACCUGGGAAACACAUAUCCCUAGUUAUAUGUGUUCACCUACCUUGGAAACACAUAUUCCUAGUGAUAUGUGUUCCUCCAGCUGGGAAACAUGUAUCCCUCGUGAUAUAUGUUCCCCUACCUAAGAAACAUGUAUCCCUAGUGAUAUGCGAUUCCAACAAGGGAAUCACAUAUCCCUAGUGACAUGUGUUCCCCCACCUGGGAAACACGUAUCCCUAGUGAUAUAUGUUCCCCUACACGGGAAACACAUAUCCCCAGUGACAUGUGUUCCCCCACCUAGGAAACACACUCCAUGAUAUGUUUUCCCCCUCUUAAGUUAAAGAUUUUUCCCCCCACCUGUUGCCAGGUCCCUUUAUGCUCUGAUAUCCCUUAAGAUAAGUCUUCCCCCUCCUUGAAAACACAUAUCCCUAGUGAUAUGAGUUCCCCCACCUCAAAAACACAUGUCCCUAGAGAUAUGUGUUCCCCCACCUCUUCCCUAGUGAUAUGUGUUCAAACACAAAUUUGUUUGAAACUCUUCCCUUUUUGAGUUCCCCCCUCAGUAUGUUUAUGUGUUCCCCCACCUGAGUUCUGAAUUAUUGAUUUUAUCCCUUAAGAUAUUUUUCCCCUCCUGGGAAAAUGUUUUCUUUGAUAGGGACUUCUUUUUCGCAUUCCUGAUUGAACCAUUUUUUGGGGGAUUUGCAUUGAAUUUUGCUGCCUCUCGCUUUCAAUCCAGCUUCUUUGCAUGCUUCCACCAAAGUUUCACUUAGUGAUUCAGAUGCAGUAUCAAUGCUAUCAUGUUUGACAGCUGCUACUAACCUGGAUUGAACUGUUUAUAUCAAUAGUGAUAUGUCUUUCCCCACCGGCCCUGCCGAGAAACACAUGCCGGCUAUCUUCUCUUAUUCUCCUGCUAGUUAAAAUCUUUGUGACAACCCUGCUUUCAAUCCCAAUAUAAUGUAUGUAUGCAGACUUAGGUAGCCUGUUACUGAAAAACCUUAUUGUUUUCCUUUGGGCUUCCUUACAGCAUAUCUUUCUUUUUAUUGUGGCAAAACAAAAAUCUUGAACUUGAAUCUGAUCUACAUGAAAGACAUGAAAGAUGUUUGAUCAGGGGUGCUUACCAUUUGCAUGGAAAAACCAGAAGUUCCGGUGGGAAAACCAAAUGGUUUGUGCCAUUUCUUUUGGAAAGCUUCAGAAAAUGUGGCUGUCAAGUGGGGUCACUUCAGUCGUCCUGGGCUGUGAUCGGAGGGGAUGAAACUUUUCUUCUCUUUUUAGUCUGUUCAACUGAUUUGGAUAUACUUUGUGGCAGCCUGAUCUCCCACCAAGUCAAAUUCUAUAGUUUUAUGUUUAUGCAGAAGAUUUCCACCCAGGUGGUUUGUGUAAAUGCUAAGCCCUCCAGGUUUCCCAGGGUAAACUAGGGCUUAACAGGGUUUCUAUUUCUUCUUGGUAUUUUUAGAUUCUUAUUCUCCUGAUUAUCAUAAGUCUGUUUGUGUUCAAGAACUUACUUCACUGUCAAGUGGAAUGUUUCACUCCAAGCUGUGGUAAGUAUUGGAAGGAGAAUAUUACAGCUAGACAGGCUUUGUACUCGUUUGAGCUCUUCAAAUUCCAUGACUUUCCAUGACUUUUUCCACGAGCUUUUCAAGUUUUCCAUGACCAUAGGUUUAGCUGUCACUUUGCAAAACAUUCAAACCUUUCCUUGUUUUAGGCUACUUUUUGACCUUAAAUAGUUUAACAGACGUACAAACCCUGGUGUCCACCAAAAUGUAUGCCAUUUGCAAUGUAUAAUUUCUGGCCUCCCUACAUUAUAGUAUCUUACAUUGUGCUUGUCUUGUCAUCUGCAGUAACUGAUCUAUCUAACGAAACUUUGAUUCUCCAUGACUUUCAAGGAGCGAUAAUUAAAUUCCAUGACAUUCCAGGCCUGGAAAACGAAAUUCUUAAAUUCCAUGACUUUCCAGGUUUUCCAUGACCUGUACGAAUCCUGUGAGAGAGAUUUAGAGUCGUGUUUACAGAAAACGGCAAACAUUAAUAAAAUAUUUGUACCACGUGACCAAGUUUUCCUUUUAUUGUCGUUUACUGUUCAUUACAACUACAUGGAAAUCAGUGGAUUAACGUUAGUUUUAUCCAUAAAAAUUGUUCUGAGCUGUUUUCAUUUGCUCAUUUUUUAUUUUGAGAAAUUCUCAAAUUGAGUCAGCUGUUUGCCGUUUGCAGUAAACGUGACUGGAAAUCUCUUUAUUAUGAAAACUACAAAUCAAAAUAAAGAAUUUUGUUGCCCCUUAAAAAUGUGAAAAAUUGAAAACAAAAAGCAUAAAAAUAAGCUAAAAAAAUUGCCAGUGAAAAUGCUUCAUUUGAUGCCCUGUCAGUAAUGUAACAACCUCUCAUUCUUGACUUGGCUGCUUCACAACUUUUCUUUUUUCAUGUUGAGUCAUAACAUCAUGACAGCACUGUGACUAAGCCUGGGAAAGUGCUCGGUGGGAUUAAAGCAGAUUGUAGCAUUCUCUAUAGGCAUCUUUUGAACUUACAGAACUCCAAGUGAGGGUGAUUUGUGAGUCGUGUGCAUUUUUCUCAAUAUAGUUAUUAUCUGAGGUAAAUAUCCUCGGUCCAAGUUAGUGAGAUGAAGACUGAACCACCUUGACAAGGUGGUAACCUCGGGUAAUGAAUCUUAACCAUCAGGAACACAUAAUAAUAUUGCAUUUAGUUAAUAUUGUUACUUUUCAAAGUUACCUCCAUAUGUAACAGUACUCUUUAUUUUCUUUCUUUUCCAAAUGAAGCCAAAUCCAGUGUCAUGUUUCAGAGCAUGUCAGUCAAGUCAUCAAAAAGAAUAUAGCUAUGUUAGAAGGAAGAUUUGGUGUUCUGUUAUUUCUGUAUUCAUUGCUAUUGACGAAGGUACGCAACUGUCUGUUUUGCCAAGAGUUAGAAGACUUGGCCUAAAAUUUUUAAUUGACUUAAGACAUCUAGGCAUUGCAAGAAACACUUUAUACACUUGCACAGUCUAGUUACUGGCCAAGUUUGUUUUAACAUUUUCCUUUAGGUGAACAUUUUGUAAAUUCUCAUAGCCCAUUGUCUUGAUAAUGUAUUGAUGUUGUUAGGAGAAUAUUGAUGUUGAUCACUCUUACAACUUAAAGGGUUACAGCAGGGUGCAGAGAAAGUUAGUUUUACAGCCUGCCAUUCAGGCAAGCUAUAGCUAGCAUGUACUAGCCCACAAGUCAUUUCAACUAGCCCCAAUACCCUUUUUGAUUAGCAGGAUUGAUUACAAUCCUUCUGUAAUUUGAAUUUCCCCCAAAAAAACAGCACUUGCCGGUUAGGCAAGUGAAAAAAUCACUAGCCCGAUAGCAAAAUCCACCAGCCCCGGGCUGUUGGACACGACUUUCUUUGCAUGCUGUACAGUUAGGUAAAAUUACCUGUAGUUCCUAUUUUUUUUGGUGAGAGUCUGAAAAGGUGAUUCCUGUUCCCCCCCCCCCAAACAUGUAUAUUACACAUAACAUUCCUAUUAUUCACAACAGAAUUGCAACAUUUGCAUCUUUUUCUGCAUGUAUUGUAAUACAUGUUAAACAAAAUGAAUUAUGGCAAGUAUGCAAUAUUGCUUUUUUCUCCACAGGGUAUAGAAAGUAUAAAAUCAGAAAUGGAAGACAUAGGGGAACCUUUAGUGGAUAUAAACUUUGGGCAUGGAAGGUACAGUUAUGAAAUUGUGUUGUUUUUUUCUUAUCAAAGAGACAAUGAUGACGGGAUAAUGAUGAUGAUGAUGAUGAUGAUGAUGAUAUGAAUACUAAAUCUAUAUGAAUAUGCUAUAACAUUGUAAUCAUCAUCGUUUAAUCAAGGCAUUAGACUUGCUGUUCUUGCCAAGUGUGAAUAUGUGUGUUCUCAUUCUCAUUUCAGUCAAACAUUGAUCAAUCUAAUGCUGACUGGAUAUAGUGUAUCAAAUAUUUGGGACUCUUCUAGAACACUAUCAGGGCUAGGUAUGUAUAGAAUUGGCAUGUUUUAAACAGUCACCUGACUGUCUAUUAAAUAAUGGAGUACAGGCUUAAGCCUAAAAACCAAAUUGAAAGUAAUGUUUUAUUCUUUUUCAUCUGUGGGAAACUUGCUGCCCACAAAUUCAUUAAUCGGCCCACUUUCCUAAAAACAACCCCAGCUGACUAGUAAAAGUAAAUUUUGGGCUUUUCUCAGAAAAUUUUUGAACUGCCAGUCUAAAGGUGUGCACCUCAUCUCUCUUGUAAUUUGUUCUUUGCAGAGCUAAGAGGUAUCCCUCAACAGUCUUCCAUAGGAUUUUUAACACUUUUAGAAGCUCAUAGGUACUGUGAGGUGAGCCAAAGUUUAGUACCUUUAAUAAUUUCUUUUCUCAGCUCUAUUUUUUUAUUACUUAGAGGUAGGUAUAUUAAAACUUCUUGUAUGUUUGUUGUCAUGGUUUAGGUUGGUAACUUCUUUAAAUCUCCAGUAUUUCCAAUAUGGCUGCUUGCAAGUGAAACGCAUUUAACAGUGUUCUUCUCUCAGGUAGGGUAAAAUGGUUAAUGUUUUGUUUAAAAAUUAUUGAAGAGCACAGGUAGCUGGGCUAGCUAGUUUACAAAAGUAAUCACAUAAAAUUCUUUCCCUGGUCUCUCAAAAAAGCCUCUUAUAUGCUGUGUCCUUUCAAGCACCCCCAAAUUAACAUUUUUCACAGGGAAGCCCCCAGACUCAGGAAGUAGGUGAUCCCCCUCUUCCAUACUUACCUCCCCCACCACCUAACACAAGCAGUUUUCAGCCUAUUGCCACCCACUUAAUUUUUUACUUCUUUUUAAAAUUUUCCGGAAAAACCUGAGUGGUCAUUCUCAGACCUGGGGGUCGUUUUUUGGAACUCCCAAUAAUCAACAGGCCUGGAAAGCUGUUGUUGUUUACAUUCGAGAUACUAGACAUUUCAAUAGUUAUUUAGACAAGAUCAUAAAACCAUCAGUUAACAAACCAACUGGUUUGCUUUCUAGGACCUGCACUCUUAUCCUUUUAGAUUUUGGUUGGAAUACCGUAGAAUUCCAAAAAUAAUCCCCUCCAUGUAUAAGCCCCUCCAAAUAUAAGCCCCCCAAACUGGUGACGCAAAAACCUUCCCUUUAAAUCGCCCCUCCAAAUAUAAGCCCCGGCGGGGCUUGUACUUGAAAAAUUGCUUUCAAAUACAAAGUAAAGCAAAGCAAAAACGGGAAAUUUACUUUGAGCUAUAAGGCUAGUCCAAUCGAUUUGUAAACACAUAUUUCCCUCCGAAGAUAAGCCCUUUGAAUAUAAGCCCCUCCAAAAAAAGGCCCCUCAAAAAGGGCCUUUGAAAAAUAUAAGCCCCGGGGCUUACUUUCGGAAUUUUAUGGUAUUUCAUUUUGGGCCCAAAAUGGGCCCCUGUGAUCAGAGAGUUGUGACUGAGUCUGAUGCCCUGUCCACUUGGCCACACUGCCUCUUUCUAAAAAUCUUAUGUUAGCUAGAGCCUUGGGGGUUCUAGGAUGAGCUUUAUUUAGGGAAAGGAAUUUCCAGACAGUACUGUCAUACUAAAAAAGAUCAAAAGAAAUUUGCUUAUUUCUGCAUUUUGGUUUUAGGAUCAAAGUCUUACUGGAACGGAAAGUGAGAGAGAAAAGGGUUUAAGAGUAUUUAAAUCACAUGAUCAGCAAGGUAAUGCUGAAAUCUGUUGUUCUUAUUCAAUUCUUAUUCAUAUUUACCCACGAUCUUAAUUAAAAGUACUCUGAAAUACUAUUUUAUCCUUAAAUAUUUCCCUAUUUGUGACACUUAAAGCUAAAAAUUGUCAACUGUCUGUAAAUAAUCACCUCUAUAAGAUCAAAACUAAGAAUUAGUCCAAGAGAGUUUGCCAUUAAUGGAGUUCAGUCAUUUUGACUCUCAGUUAAGUUGGACAUCUUCCAAAGAUGGAGACUUCUGUCACUUCUAGAGGUGUCAUUUCCAAAAGUGACUAGGCUGUAAUCUGUAUUUUAUUUUAUUUUUUUUUGAUGAUCUGUUCUUGUUUGUCUCUCUUAGACAAUGGCUUCAUAACGAGCGAUAAACUUGGAAAUGUUUUAGAAGACCUUGGUCUUGUCUCUGAUCCAGAAUAGUAAGUUUAUCAUAUUCUGACAAUGAAUUAGUCUUUUAAACCUUCAGAAUUUAAAUCAUUAUCUUUUUUUUCCAUUUUGUUUCAGCGUUUCCUUUAUGAAAGGUCGUCUUGACCAGGAUUCUAUGGGAAUUAUUCUUCUGCAGAAUUUCCUAAAAGAGUUCUUUCCUGGGGAGGUAUGUUAAAACUGGUAUUCAAAGCUACUGACACCAUGUGACUUCAGGAAAAAGCAGGGAAGUAGCUAAUACCACCAGUUUUGGAGCUCAUGUCAGUGGUGUUUUUACUUCAAUUUAUAUCCCAACAAUUUAACAAUAGAUGUAGUUUCCGUAGGUGAUAUGUCUGUGGUGUUACUUGUUAUUAAUUUUAAUUGCAGCUGAACUAAGUUAAAAGGCGGAAAAUGCUCAUUUCCGUAAACUGUUAAAAAUACAUUAUAAUAAUUUAUGCAUUAGGUUCGGUACAUGAAAAGUUUGGCAUUUGAAUCAAAACUAAAAUAUUUGUUUAUGAUUUUUUACUGAUUGCAGGACUUGUCCGCUGGUGAUGUUAAGCCAUUUAAAGCUUUUCACUACAAUGGCCUCGGUAUCAGAGAGGAAGAUGGAACGAAAAAGGUAUAAAGAAAAACAGCUCUGAAUCCUUGGUGUAAGAACCUGUAAAAUUCGCGGGUGACCUUAAACCCAAAGAAAACAAAGAAGUCAACUCCACAGAACCUAGGAAAACAAGAAACGCCAAACAAAGAAAACGUUCAGGUUCUUACACCAAGGUACACAGUCAGAAAAACUUUCAACAACUUCACUGAACAAAAGGACAAACUGAUAGACAGAGACAUUUUGGUAUGAAAAUAUCAUGUUAUAUUUUUCAAUUAAAAGUUUACAUCAAAACUCAAUAAUUCAUGAAAAAAGUAUGAAUAAACGGCAAAACCUGCAAAAACAGAAACGGAUGUUUUCGCAGGCUACAGUGGUUUUUAGUCAAGUCUUAAAACAUCUGACUGUCUCAUGCCUUAAACCUGAUAAAACACUUGAGCUUGUUUCAUAAAUGUCUCUUAAAAGAUAAAACUGUAUUUGUCCCAAAUAGAUGUCAUAGCCCUGGUAUAAUCAAAAUCAAAAGACGUUAAUUCUGUUAGUUUAAUACAGAAAUAAUAAUUCCAUAGUUAAUAAAGUUCUUUAUCGUGUGUAACUUUCAAAUACUUGUAAAUGCCGUCUUUAGAUAAGUGCCACGGCACUUUGUCUAAUAAAUAUGGUAGUCUAACAUUGUGCUGUGAUCUUUUGUUCUCCAGGUUGCUUACACGGAAGGACUUGCUUCAAUAGAGCCAACAGACUUUAGCCACAUUGCCGAACAACAGAUUGUAUCCUGUCUCAAGACAAAGUGGUCAGGAAUUUGGUUGGAAUGGCAGGGAAAGCAUAUACCAUCAUUAAACUAA